AGACGCCCCUGAGUCGCGAUGAGCCGCAGCUACAAUGACGAGCUCGGCUUCUUGGAGAAGGUCCGCAAGAACUGCUGGAGGAUCAACAAGGGCUUCGUGCCCAACAUGCAGGUGGAAGGUGUGUUUUAUGUCAAUGAACCCCUGGAGAAAUUGAUGUUUGAAGAAUUACGAAACUCUUGUCGUGGUGGAGGUGUGGGUGGCUUCCUACCAGCUAUGAAGCAGAUUGGGAAUGUGGCAGCGUUGCCUGGGAUUAUUCAUAAAUCCAUUGGACUUCCUGAUGUCCACUCGGGUUAUGGGUUUGCAAUUGGGAACAUGGCAGCUUUUGACAUGAAUGAUCCCCAGUCUGUUGUUUCGCCGGGUGGUGUGGGGUUUGAUAUAAACUGUGGAGUGCGCUUGCUGCGAACUAACCUCGACGAAGGGGACGUGCAGCCAGUGAAGGAACAGCUGGCCCAGGCCAUGUUUGAUCACAUUCCCGUAGGGGUGGGCUCGAAGGGAGUCAUCCCAAUGGGCGCCAAGGACCUGGAGGAAGCUUUGGAGAUGGGGGUGGACUGGUCUCUGAGGGAAGGUUAUGCAUGGGCUGAGGACAAGGAGCACUGUGAAGAAUAUGGCAGAAUGCUGCAGGCUGAUCCCAGCAAGGUCUCUUCAAAGGCUAAAAAGAGAGGAUUGCCUCAGCUGGGGACUCUGGGCGCUGGGAACCACUAUGCUGAGAUUCAGGUUGUCGACGAGAUCUUUGAUGAAUAUGCAGCACGUAAAAUGGGCAUUGACCACAAGGGACAGGUGUGUGUGAUGAUUCACUGUGGCAGCAGAGGUCUUGGACAUCAGGUCGCUACAGAUGCCCUUGUGGCCAUGGAGAAAGCCAUGAAGAGAGAUAAGAUCAUUGUCAACGAUCGACAGCUAGCAUGUGCCAGGAUCAACUCCCAGGAAGGCCAGGACUAUCUGAAGGGCAUGGCAGCAGCUGGAAACUAUGCCUGGGUGAAUCGCUCCUCCAUGACAUUCUUGACACGACAGGCUUUUGCCAAAGUUUUCGGCACUACUCCAGAUGACUUGGAUAUGCACAUGAUUUAUGAUGUAUCUCACAACAUAGCUAAGGUGGAGGAGCACGUUGUGGAUGGGAAACAGAAGACUCUGCUGGUUCACAGGAAGGGUUCUACCAGAGCCUUCCCACCACAUCACCCUCUCAUUGCAGUCGAUUAUCAGCUGACUGGUCAGCCUGUUCUGAUCGGUGGCACAAUGGGAACCUGUAGCUACGUCCUUACAGGCACAGAGCAAGGAAUGACGGAGACAUUUGGAACGACCUGCCACGGAGCGGGCCGAGCCUUGUCCCGUGCCAAAUCCCGGCGUAACCUUGAUUUCCAAGAUGUGUUGGAUAAACUAUCAGAUAUGGGCAUUGCCAUUCGUGUCGCCUCCCCCAAAUUGGUGAUGGAAGAAGCACCUGAAUCCUACAAGAAUGUAACUGAUGUGGUGAAUACUUGUCAUGAUGCAGGGAUCAGCAAAAAGGCUAUUAAACUUCGACCUAUUGCAGUUAUAAAGGGUUGAUAUGUAGAUGUAACCAAUGGACUGACUGCCUUCUGUUAAAAUUUCUGCAACUUUUGCAGAAAGAAAAAUCUUGAUUUUCAGCUUUCCCAUACAACCAACAUCAAAUGAAAUUCUGAUGGAUGGGAGCUUACCACCGAGAAGCUAUAACGUUACUUCAUUCUAAUGACUUAAUGGCACUUUCCUCGUCUCUCCAAGGGCUAAAUUGGUUAACUGUUCUUUGAAGAUGACAAUAUUUGGUGAAACAAUUUUUGUUUAAAAAUUCAGUUGGCUUUGAACAAAGCUAUAGUUGUGGAGCUUCAAUUAAAUGGGGUUGAAUGAAAUCUAGUGCUUUUAAUAUUAAAAUUUAAUAUUGUGCUUUUCACCC